AUGUAUGAGCCCCUAUACUUUGCAUUUGACGCUUACCCAGCAGUGGUCCCUCGCGUGAGAGUGCGAGGCGUCAUGGCCCUCUUUCUCGCCGUCUCGAUCUUGUGGGCUUUGAUCUGGCUUCUCUACCGUGCCUGGCAAGUCUGCCAGACUUCAAAUGAGGUCUUAGUUGAGAAACUCGGUCUCGACAUUCCUCCGCCGCCAGAGGUCACCCUCGAAGAGAUCACAGCCCGUGAAAUCCGUCUUGCUUGGAAACAGCCCGACUUUCAUAACUCAAUACAUAAGCAUAUAAUUCAAGUGAAUAACACGAAAGUCGGUGAAUCCAAACGAGCAGAAACAGCUGUGGAAAUAUCAAAUCUAUUGCCGGGUAACAUCUAUCAUAUUUGUGUUCUUUCCGUUAGUGCCGCAAACUUCCACACGCCCAGUGCGAUCCUCCAUGUCCGAACAAAAUCUCUUCCGCUGUCCGAAGCCCAGCAGAAUGGCAGCGCCGGGGGUCCAAUUAUCCGCGCAUCGAUCCCCAGGUCUACAGUAGGUCUGCCGACGCCAUCCGCCCCGAUAAUGUCUCGUGAGCAUAGCGCAGGCCAAUUACCGGGGAAACGGCCCUCGGCCGGACGGAAAAUUUCACCUGCGACUGGGGACGUUUCACACGGGAAUUUCGAAGAGACACUCAAAAGCAGAGCCAGAACUGCCAAGGAUGAGACUUUGGAGCAAUUGGCAGACCGCUUGAAGUCAUUGCAGCACGAGAACGAGAAUGUGGAAAAGCAGGGGGCAGAGGAGGAAGAAGAGCAUAUUGCACUGCUGAAGGAUCUUGAAAAACAGCGCAGUGAACUGCGGAAGCGCGUCAGGGAGAAGGAUGAAGCAAGUGGCGAUUUGAAAAAGCAUGUCUACAAGCUCGAGAGCGUCAACCGAACUGUACAGGGCGAAAAGUCAAAACGCAUGAGACUCCUUCAGCAGAAAGAGGCGGAGCGCAAGAAGCGCAAGAAUGACAUCUUGCGAUGGCAGGAGAAGAUUUCACGCAUGAACUCCGAUGCUAUACAGGCAAAGGAUGACAAGGCCAGAAUUGAAGAAGAAGGGGCGGUGCGCGCAGAUGAGGUCCGAGCCAAGAUCGCAAAAGAACAGGCGGAGAUGAAGACCAUUGACGAUGAGAUCCAGGAUAAAGGAGGACGGGUCAAGAAGCUCGAAGAAGAAAGAAUGGGAUUACAAGAAGGCGAUAGUGAAGAUGGCAAGGAGCUGGAUCGGAUCGACAACGAGCGAGCUCGUCAGUGGGAGCACAAGCUGGGCAACCUACACGCACGUUAUGCCACACUUGUGAAUCUGCACGCGCAAGCCCAGCAACAAUAUCAAGAAGCCCAAGAACGUCUAAAGUGGCUCACUGCCCAACGACCCGGCAGCUCAGGGCCCUUUGCCUUCCCGACCUUGGAUCUCGACAUGUCGAAUAUUGCCACCAUUCGGCCCCGUCGCCAUCGCAGCUCACUCAACAGCAAUAUGUCUUCCCCUCUGAACUUCCCGGCAGUCGAAACCUCGUUUUCAAAUAGCGUCAACUACAACCCGUCCGGUCACUCGCCUACAUUCCCUCCGAGCUCUGCGUUUUUCAAUAUCAAUAACGGUAUGGCCCUUACAGGCCUCUCUGAUCCCCCUGAGAUCAUGCGCUCGGAUACGGAACUUGCUUUCAAUAACCCGCAAAUGAGUCCCCGUGCGGAUGCCCUGUUGCCAUCCGAUCUCCUUGGUGACGAGGAAUCGCCAGAAUUCCCACGGUCUAUAAUUCGUCCCAGAUUUGCAACCAUGGAGGCGACCAGUACUACUUUAGAUAGCUUCGGUCACGGCCCAGCAUCGCCUGUCUCUUCGGACAGUCGAGCCGGCAGUAUCUUUGCCAGCCCACUAGAGACUCAAAAUCGGCGGGAUGAAUCCCAAGGUGCUCAUUUGUCUACUGCUGGGGAAGCCCCGAAAAGCGCAUCGCGAAAGCUUUCUGGUCUUUUCGGGUUUCACCGGCCUCGUGGGAAAACCCUGGCAGAUGAGUCUCCUAUGCUGGGAUCUUUGAAACCCGGUCAGAGUCAAUCCUUCCCUCGGAAUAUUGACGAGCUGGAUCCAAUCGGUGCACGCCGGCGGCGAUCGAGCUAUACCGGUAACUGGGCAAACCCAAUGUCAUUGUUCCCUCGAAGCAACACGACUGGUGUCACUAUGGACAGCUCUUCUGACCAUGCGCCCUCUCGGCGAGCUGCUUUCUCAAAUAUAUUCUCAUCCAGCAAGUUUGGCUUCGGCGGUGCUGGCACCCGUGGGGAUCCCGAUCUUAGCAGUGGAUACAAUCAAUUCAGUCCGCGACAUGAUCCUAUUGAUCCAUCAUCGCUUCUUGGUGGCGUUCGGCGCGGUUCUCUGUCCCCGCGACCUUCGUCGACCUCAUUCGAUACACCAAAUCAACUUCCACACCCCUCGACGGACAACCGCCAUUUCGGGUGGCCAUCGACUGAUAAUGCUGGGCACCGCAACAGCCCGCUCGGGUUUGACUGGGCCGCGCCAUCCAAUUGGUCUCGAGCUCCUUCUCGCCGACCUUCAAUCCAGUAUGGAUCGUCCGGACACCUUCCUCUCGGUCUAACCGGCGAGCCUGAUUUCGUGGGGGACACAUUUGACCGUCAUCAUCGACCGCUCCAGGCACCGAUUGGCACUCGUCCGUCGUCUUCUCAUCGACCGCUGACCCCAAAGCUGAAUCCUGCUGCUCCGGCAUUCACGGCCGUUCUCACGGGCGAGAAGUCGGAAAUAGACACAGACAAGGGCAAUGAUCCCGAAAGUCCCUUUGGUCUUCACGAUUUCGAUGGAUCUCCUUCGGAGUCUCGCACAUCUCGCUCCGUAUCCCUUUUCACUGGCGAUUCCUAUGAAUCGUUGGAGCGCAUGCCAUCUGCUACUUCCUUGGACAAUGCCUCCAAGGAGUCGUUCAUUCGCAAGAUCACGCGCAAGGGUAGUUCCAGCAAGUUCAGCUCCUGGAAGGAUCGCUCGGGACUUUUCUCUAAGAAAGGUGAAUCCUCGCAAGGUGAUAUUGACGAGGAUGCCACCAGCGAAGCGCAGCUCGGCAAGAGUGUCGAUAGCACUGUCUCAAGUGUGACCUCCGCCGAUCGCUCAACCCGCAGCAGCUUGGGAUUCUUUUCUCGUAAGUCUCGCAAGUCUGACAAGGCCAGCGAGACUAGCGAGCGAGCCAGUGAAGCUGGCGAUGAAGAGAUUCCUGAGAUUGAGAAUUCAUGA